GCGUGCUUCAUGAGUUAAACGCGCACUCUCAUUCAAACAAUACGCAUCGGAAACUGAAAAUUAAAAAUAAAUAAUAAUCGCACAAAAGAAAAGAUUUACAUGAUAGAUAUAUAUAUAAAAAAAUUAUUUUAUACAUUGUUAGUAGAACAUUUACAUUACUGCUCGCCGCGAAAAGUCGGCGCAUAUUUGUAAAAUCAAAAUGGACGGGUCGUACGGCGAUUUGUCAGUGACAAACCCGAUGACGGAAGACGAGGGAACUUUUACCGAAGAGGAGCGAGAGCUGAUUGGCCGAGAAGCUGCAAAGUUGAAACGAGAGUUCGAGGCCGAGCGAAACAAACGUCGAGGCACCCCACAUCAUAACACUUCGUCUCGACACCAAUCACACGUGAAUACGUCUCUUGGACGAACUUCCAUGUACGGGGAUCCACUAGCCGAGGAAACAGAACGAAGUCUAGUGACCUUACGCGACCUCGACAAACAGCUCCAAGAAUCGGUACAUAAAAAACAACAGUCCUUGAAGGAACUUGGUUCAGUUCAAGAUGCCCUGAGGAAAAACAAAAACGAGUUGCGAAAAGCCGAACGAGAGUUGCAAGAGACUACUCGUAAAUUCGAUCACGACCGGGACGAAGUCUUAACUCUGGAGCAGAAGAAGGAUUAUUUGAAAAAAGACUUGCACGAAAUUGAGGAUAAAUUAGCCGACGCUAAGCGACUGUAUAACAAUACUCUGGAAAUGAAUACGAAUGAAAUCUUGGGAAUCAUAGAAGAGCGAGACACGUUGAAACGAAAGCUGAACGAGUCGACUCUCGGAUACAUUGAACGACUCGAGUUCGAACGACAACUCGGUCUGUGCAAGGAGGAGCUAUUCUCGGAACAGAGAUCGAGUAGGAUGCGAAUUGACGCGCUUCAGGAAGAACUAGAACAGGCGCUGCGGAAGGUCGAUGAUGCUGAGGAAGCUAAUAGCGAACUUCACGACAAAUUAUCUUCGGUCGAAAAAGAUUCGAAAGGCAAACAGGUUGCCAGUAGCGAGCUAGCUGACAUGUUCCGACACGAGAUCAAAGAGCUGAAACACCAAAUUGAAGAUCUGAAAAACGCCGAGCGAAAACUAUACGUCGAUCUUCACGAUCGCGACAACAGCAUACAGGAGUUGCAGCACUUGCUGGUUGAAAAGGAAAAGGAAAUAUCUUACGAGCAUGAACAGCGAGCAAAAGCGAUUGCCGAAAAGAAUCACGAGAUCCAAAGUUUGAAAGAUGCAGGCGAACGAGCCCUCAUUGCUGCGAACGAGAGAGGUGAAUGUGACAAAACUGUAGCACUUCGGCAAAAUGACGACAAACACGACGAAGCACGACUCGAACUUCUUCGGAAACAAGAGAUGAAAAUCGCCGACAUCGAAGCGGAUCACAUUCGACAACUGGAGCUGAAAGAUCAGGAAAUUAUGUACUACCAGGAGAAGUUCCGACAGCAAGAAGAGGCGACUCGAGAACUCGGCGAGCGACUUCGGCUCGAGGCUCAAGAGCAAGUUCGCUCGGCAAUCACCCGUGAGAAAGCUCUGUGGGAAGAAGAGCACCAGCGAGUUAUGAAACGAGAGCGAAACAACUGGGAGGACGAGUUGAACCGAACUCAAGCUCGGCUGAACGAAGCGAUUGAAUACGAGAAAGGUCAAACAAGUUCGGCACAGAAAACAAUCAGCAGUCUGCGAAAAGAAAUCGACGAAAUCCGAAGUCAGAACAAAGAGCUUCACCGAGAAGCAACGGACGCGAUGAUGACAUGUCGUGAAGCGGUUCAAGCCGAACACACUGAGCAAAUGAAUACACUGCGACAUCAGCUAACUGACGAGCGAGACAUGGAAGUAAGUCGACUCCAGAGAGACGUCGCCGAGAUCCAAGACGAAUCGGGUCGACUGCGAGCCGAAUUGGAAGCGGCGAGUAACUCGAUUCGCGCAAUGGAAUCGGCAUACGAGCAUCACGAGAAGACAAUUGUCCUGGAAGUGAAUGAUGAAUGCAAGAAAGUUGCUCAUAUAAUCGGAAUCAAACCCCGAAAAGUUAACUUGGAAAGAUAUGAUAAAAAAGCGAGGAGCCUUAGCCCGGGUAAAAGUAUCCAAAGAACACCUAUAACCGACAGUUUAGCAAAUUUGCGAGCCUGUGUUUCGGAGUUAGUGCCUCACGUUCAUGGUUUGAGAGAAACAAUCGACAGCUUGAAAAUGAAACUUCAACACGUCAAAACCGAAAAAGAGCACGAGCUCAAAGCUCUGAAGGAUCACUUUGAAAUCGAGAAAGAAAAAGAUGUCGAAUCAGAGCGUGAAAAAGUGGCUAGAUCGCACAGACAGGAACUGCAAGAUAUGCAGGAGGCUCUGAGCAAAGAAACUGAACUAGAAGCAAGUCUCCGACAAUCACUGCGGGAGAAAGAACUCGAGAUCCGAGAGCUGAAAAGUGGGAUGACUCGCUGGAAGGAAGAUACCGCUUCCAAAGUCGCUAAGGAAGUCGAGUGUUCCCUUGAAAGGAGGUUUAGAGACGACUACCAGCAUAGCAAAGAAGAGUUUCUGAACCAGCAGAAGCUAAUUAUCCGAAUGGAGGACCAAAUUAGUCGGCUCAAAGCCGAACAAGCCCUCGGACAUCCAGGGUCGUCGGACGGAAACAGUGUGAAAUUGCUGCGACAUUUGCAAGAUAGAGUCAGACAGCUGAAACACGAAAACAUGAAAAUGAAGUCCCAUGAUGAGUCAUUUAGGUACUAGCACAGUUUAAAAAUAAAAGUUUUACGAUCUUGUUAGCUAUACCCCUCAUGCUAAAAAUAAAUAAACGUAACCCCUAUAAAGGAAUAAUUCAACGGUUAAGUGUAUACAAAUUAAGUACUUUGUAAAGAAUCCUGGUUUUACAGUCUCACUAAACCAUUCAAAAUGAGAGGGAGGGGGGGGGGGGGUUGUGAUUGUAGAUGACAAGAUCGAAUUGUACUCUUAGCUAAAUAUCCCUCAUUCUCACUUUUUGAUCAAUAAAUCCCACUUUCGAAUAAUACGCAGAACUGAUUGUUGAAGCACUGGAUGUUUGAUUAAAAAAAAGAAUUUAAUGAGAGUGGGAAGGGUGGGAAUGGGGCUGUUGCCUCUAGCUAGCAAAGAGCUUAGAAAGAGAACUGGAUCAAAAAUGUGUUUGCGUAUUGCGUAAUAAAAAUUGAAAUUAACAGCCAUAUUAACUUGUAAAUACCAGGUUUGUUAUGUUGUUUUUAAUAUUUUCAUAUUUUACUACUCACUCAAAUCAUGAAUUUAUAUAGUUUCUUUUA